AUGGCUGAACCUGGUUACCCCCAGGACCACAAGGACCCCUCGGUCUUUGUCGACAUGUCUUCCCAUCCCCACGAGGACGACAAUGACCUUUCCAACUCGGCCCCUCCUCCUCCAUUCUCCGACCACGCUGACGAGGACGCCGUUCCCUUGCUCUCUGCUGCGGAUGAGAAGAAGGGUCUUGACCAAAAGAAUGCCCCUGCUUUUCCCAUUCCUGAGGACCAGAACCAAAACCAGGAGCAGAAGGUGUGUGGACGUCGUUGGGGACGUCGUUGUAACCGCACUCCUGAGCAGCGCGCUGCCUGCAAGGCAAAGGCAAGAAAGCUGUUCCGUCGGAUCUUUGCCGUCGGCCUCCUUUUCUGGGUCUACUGCGCGUUCUUCAGCCCCGACUACGAUUUCGAAGACUACCGCCUCGACGACAACGAGUACGUCUACAUCGAGGGCGGCUCCCCUACCCUGAUGCCCCUCUCCACCCACCGCCAGUCAGACCUCACCCCCAAACAGCAGGCCGACCUGGUCUUUGCCAUGUCUGAGGACGAGUGCAUGAAGAACUUGAUCCCUUGGAAUGGACCCCAGAACAUCAUAUCCCAGGCCCUUGAUAUCAAACUGUCCGUUGGAAAGGGUAAUAUCUUUACCAAUGUCGUCGUUCGAUCGAGCCUCUUUGUGGAUUCGCCUACUUUUAGGAUCAAGGCUAACGUUACCAAGAACUUGCCUGAGGAUGAUGGUGACCAUGAUGAUGAGGAUGAUCACCACGAGGAGGGUCCUAAGGGUCUUCACUUGGAGGUCAAAGAGGAGGAGGACAAAAUUGAGGUUGUCUUCUGGGCUGACGGACACUUGGACGAGCCUUCUGAGGAGCCCGAGAAACCCGAGGAACCUGAAGAGCCCGUUCCUACCCCACCUCCUCACCACCGCCACGGACGCAAGCACCACAAGAAGCAUCACAAGAAGCAUCAUCACAACAAGCACCAUGGCAUGAAGCACCACCGCAAGCACCACGAGCGCAAGCAUCCUCACGAUGAGGAUAACGAGUCCUUCUGGAUGAAGAAGCGUGCCCUCCACCCCCGCCGCUUCAGUGACGACAAUGAACCCUUUGGCCGUCCUAAGGGUCAAAAGUUCUGCGCCUCUAUCGAUAUCGAGAUUCUCGUGCCCAUCGGCUUCAACGAGAUUAAUCGUCUCUCUGUCAAUGGUGUUGUCCUCCGCGCGACCGUUGAGGAUGAUCUGGCCCCCAUCUUUGGCGGGGGUAUCGAUCUCCUCGAGAUCAAUGCUGUUGUGGGCGAGAUCAAGACGGGACCUGUCCGUACCAACACAUUGUUGGCCAACGUUGUUGCAGGACACAUCCAUAUCGAGAAUGUCCGUGCUGCUACCCCUGGAACUGCGGUCCAUGCCCGUGUUUCCUCGGUCGCUGCCAACAUCACUCUGGGUGUCACCACCACUACCAUCGACAAGCCUGAGGAUGACGGUGAUGAUGAUGGUGAUGAUGAUGGUGAUGAUGAUGGCGAGGAUAUGAAGAGCGGAUGCUCCGGCAAGCGCGGCGGUGAUGGCGAGGGUGACGACGAUGAUGAUGAUGAUGAUGACAAGCCCCGCCGUCGCCACUCCCACCACCUGGUCAAGGCCGUUGCGACCACAGGAAACAUCCAUGUCAAGAUCACCGAAGGUGAGGACGAUUGGAUCGGCAAGCUCAAGCACAAAACUGAGCAGAUCCCCGGUAUGCUCGUUGUCCGCUCUGGCACUGGUGCCGGAAACAUCCACACCUUGGUCGAACUCAUUGACGACCGUCAGUUAAGCCUCAAGACCGAGUCAGUCGGAGGAGAGAUCUACUCCCGCGUCUCGGACAAGUUCCUGGGAUCGUUCAAGGUGGCAACCUUCUUUGGAACCGCCGAAGUUGUCGAGGUGGAAUCCUCGCCCAGCACGAUCGAGUACUCCAAGAACCAAAAGAACGCCAAGAUCGGCCGCAAGAUCAUUGUCCGUGACGGCGAUGACGACGAUGAUGAUGAGGAUAACUCUGUCCUUGGAGAUAUCGUCCUCGGUUCUCCCUUUGGCCAUGCCACCCUCGAGUUCUUCUAA